ACCUCUUGUCGUAUCUGUACUAAACACAACUUCUCUUUUUUCUUCAUCUUCUUUGUUCAAAGUAAAACUCUUUGUGUCGCAGGGCUGGAUGUGACGAUGGGGCAAUCUUUGCUCUGCACGAUGGGCUUUUUCUUGCUCAGCACUGGAAAUCUUGAAGUUGGUCCUAAGCCCACUGUGACCCUGCAGCCAUCCUGGACUCAGAUAUACAGCGGUGAGACAGUCACUGUCAGAUGUGAGAUUCAGGGAGGUGAAGGAGCUCAGUGGACGUAUGAAUGGAGACGAGGCCAGUCAAACAUACGUUCAGCAUCCAGAGAAUACACAAUGAACAGAACUACGGAGUCUGAUGGUGGAGGAUACAGCUGUCGGGGCAGAAGGGGCUCUUCCUGGACAAACUGGAGUGACGUCACCACAUUGACUGUAUUACCUAAACCAAAGGCUGAACUGAGACAUGAUAACACAGCUGUUCCAGUAGGGGGCAGUGUGACCCUGACCUGCUCUGUCAACACAUCAUCAUCAUCAUCUGGAUGGAAAUACUACUGGUACAGAUAUGAGAACUAUUAUACUACAUCACUGGAUGCAGGUUUUCUAUCAAAUGGAGAAAUCAGCAUCUCAGAGAAAGGACUCUACUGGUGCAGAGGAGGAAGAGGAGAACCAGUUUACUACACAGAGGACAGUGAAUCAGUCAUGAUUAUGUCAAACAGGCCUGUUGUGACUCUGUAUCCAAACUGGUCUGAGAUAUACAGCGGAGAGACGAUCACUGUCAGAUGUGAGAUCCAUGGAGGAGACACUGAGUGGGAUUAUGAGUGGGAAACAAACAACAUCAUAAAAGCUCCAAAUCAAAAUGAAUACAGGAUUAGAUCUGCUUCAUCAUCCAACAGUGGAAACUAUCGCUGUAAGGGCAGAAUGAAAAGUUCACAGUAUGAAAUAACAAGAUGGAGUGAUUCCAUCACACUGAAUGUAUCAUGUAAGUUAAGUUGGAGAUGUUUCGCCGAGAUUAUAUGUUUGAUCAAAUCAGUGAAAACACUUGUUUUUCUUACAAUUUUGUAGCUGUUUCUUUUGUGCUGCUUAGUAAUAUAUUUUAUUACCUUUCUGACAACAAAAAUGUAAAAAGCAGUUUUUUAUUCAUAUUUAAGAGAACAAAAAGUAUCAGAGUAAUUUCUCUGCUGUGCAGCUCUAAUACAUGAAGUGCAGAACAAAUCCUGAACGUGUUUCAGCUGCUCCACCACAUCCAACUGUAGACAUUUACAUAUAACUGGGACCAGAGUCUUUGUUCACACCAGCAGUUUAUAACUAGCAGCCCUAAAAUAACAGACCACAGAUCAGGGUGAACUUUGAACUUGUUUGUGGGAAACAGAAGACACGGAAAUAUACAAACAGUUGACAUUAAUUUAUGCAUCCAAAAACCAGAAUAAAAUAAAUAAAUAAAAGUCAAACAACAAUAUAAAUAAAUAUCUCUUUCUGUCCAGUUCAGGUUAGUUUGAACUCUUAUCUGUUGUCAUGAACCGGACCGUAUGGUCAUGACAAAGAAAACCCCAGACAUGGUUAGGAAUGUAUUCCAAGCUGCUUUAUUCUUUUAAAACAAAUUAAACAGAAAAUAAAGCCUACUGUCAAAAACAAACUGUGGUGUGUGUAAUCAGUAACAUCAGUAGUGUGUGAAGGAAUGGAUGAGUGGAAGAUGAUGCAUUUAACAGUGUUAAAAGCAAAAACCAAACCUAACGCAGCCAAAGUCCAACCUGGUGUCUCAGAGCCAACCCAAACUAUGCCCUAAAGGCUUUUUAUAUAGAGUCCUGGCACACUGGCCCAGGUGUUGCCAGUGUCACUGAUUGUAAACAGGAACUCCGCCUCUCCAUUGCCCGCAAACAAGACACAGAUGAGCCAAAAGGAAGGCAGGGUGCAGUGGGCCGUCACUAGUUAACCUGUGUUAGCUCCUUCAGGGUUAACCAGCCUUCUUUCAGCUGCUCUUCA